CCCAAAACAAAAAUGAAUAAUUUAUGCAAAUCUUCAUUCCAUAUUUAAUUAGAUUAAUGACCAAAAUGUGCAAAACUUUACUACUGUCAUCAGAAUAUUAUCAGAACGUUUCAGUUGGCGGCUUUCUCUCUCUCUUUCCCCAGGAAGAGAAAGUUCGAACUCGAGAAAUGGCGGUGGAUUCUCCUGCUGGAGUUAUCAUCAUCGCCACCGUGCUUUUACAUGCUGUGACAACCUUGGUCUGCGGCUCCGACGCGGUUCUCAAGCUGGAGAGAUUGAUUCCGCCGAACCAUGAACUUGGUCUGACUGAGCUCAGGGCUUUUGAUUCAGCUCGCCAUGGAAGGUUAUUGCAGUCUCCUGUCGGUGGAGUUGUUAAUUUCCCGGUUGAUGGAGCCUCCGAUCCGUUUCUCGUUGGGCUUUACUACACAAAGGUUAAACUUGGGACACCCCCUAGAGAAUUUAAUGUUCAAAUUGACACUGGAAGUGAUGUUUUAUGGGUUAGCUGCACUUCCUGCAAUGGCUGCCCCAAGACUAGUGAACUCCAAAUUCAACUAAGUUUCUUUGAUCCUGGAGUGUCAUCCUCGGCUUCAUUAGUUUCAUGUUCAGACCGGAGAUGUUACUCAAAUUUCCAGACAGAGUCGGGCUGUUCUCCCAACAAUCUUUGUUCCUAUUCGUUUAAGUAUGGUGAUGGAAGUGGCACUUCUGGUUUCUACAUCUCAGAUUUCAUGUCCUUUGAUACUGUUAUUACCAGUACCUUGGCUAUAAAUUCCUCUGCUCCCUUUGUCUUCGGGUGUAGCAAUUUACAAACCGGUGAUUUACAGAGGCCUAGAAGAGCAGUAGAUGGCAUCUUUGGGUUAGGACAAGGGAGUUUAUCUGUAAUUUCACAGCUUGCUGUGCAAGGACUUGCGCCACGAGUAUUCUCGCACUGUCUGAAGGGAGAUAAAAGCGGUGGAGGUAUAAUGGUUCUAGGUCAAAUUAAGAGGCCAGAUACCGUCUAUACCCCUCUUGUUCCAUCACAGCCACAUUAUAAUGUGAACCUGCAGAGCAUUGCUGUGAACGGUCAGAUAUUACCGAUUGAUCCAUCUGUUUUCACAAUAGCCACUGGUGAUGGAACGAUAAUUGAUACGGGGACGACUCUUGCUUAUCUUCCCGACGAAGCUUAUAGUCCAUUCAUCCAAGCUAUUGCAAAUGCUGUUUCGCAGUACGGACGUCCCAUUACUUAUGAGAGUUACCAGUGCUUUGAAAUCACAGCUGGUGACGUUGAUGUCUUUCCCGAAGUUAGUUUGAGCUUUGCUGGUGGUGCAUCAAUGGUCUUAAGACCCCAUGCGUAUCUUCAGAUUUUUUCUAGUUCAGGAAGUUCAAUAUGGUGCAUUGGUUUCCAGAGAAUGUCACAUCGUCGCAUAACAAUUCUUGGCGAUUUGGUUCUUAAAGACAAAGUGGUCGUCUACGAUCUUGUUCGCCAGCGUAUUGGAUGGGCAGAAUACGACUGUUCUCUGGAGGUGAACGUUUCAGCGUCAAGAGGAGGAAGAAGCAAAGACGUUAUAAACACAGGACAAUGGAGAGAGAGCGGUUCAGAGAGUUUCAAUAGAAGUUAUUAUUACUUGUUACAACAACUAGUCUUCCUCCUCCAUCUUUUUGCUCGCUUUUUGUAGCUUCUAGCAUUCACUCCACCACCUAUUAUGGUUGGACUUUUGUAAGCUUAUUAUUGUAAUUUAAUCACACUAAUUAAUUCUUACUUACCACCCA